CAGACACCUUGUGGCACAGCACGGCUUUCAAGAGGAAACCUCUGCCCUGCCUACACUUAGGUCCUUCUGUGCAGGCUGCUGCAGCUGGGACCCAAGAUGCCAGCUGUCCAGCUGCUGUUUCUGGCCUGCCUGGUAUGGGGAAUAGGGGCCAGGACAGCACAGUUCCGAAAGGCCAAUGAUCGGAGUGGCCGAUGCCAGUACACCUUCACUGUGGCCAGCCCCAAUGAAUCCAGCUGCCCUGAGCAGGUUCAGGCCAUGCCAAUCAUCCAAGAUCUUCAGAGAGAAAGCAGCGUCCAGCGUGCAGACCUGGAGUCCACCAAAGCCCGGCUCAGCUCCCUGGAGAGUCUCCUCCACCGUCUGGCCUUGGGCCAGGCUGUUGGACCCCAGGAGGCUCAGGAGGGGCUCCAGGGAGAGCUGAGUGCCCUGAGGAGGGAGCGAGACCAGCUGGAGACCCAAACCAGGGAGCUGGAGGUGGCCUAUAGCAAUCUCCUCCGAGACAAGUCAGCUCUAGAGGAGGAGAAGAGGCAACUGGGACAAGAAAAUGAAGAUCUGGCCAGGAGGCUGGAAAGCAGCAGCCAGGAGUUAGCAAAGCUGAGGCAGGGCCAGUGUCCCCCAACCCAACACUCCUCUGGAGAGGUGCUGCCAGGCUCCAGAGAAGUCUCUCAAUGGAAUUUGGACACACUCGCCUUCCAGGAACUGAAGUCAGAGUUAACUGAGGUUCCUGCUUCCCAAAUCUUGAAGGAAGGGUCAUCUGGCAACCCCAGGAACAAAGAGGGGGCCAAUGGAUGUGGAGCACUGGUCUGGGUAGGAGAGCCAGUCACUCUGAGGACGGCUGAAACCAUCACUGGCAAGUAUGGGGUGUGGAUGAGAGACCCCAAGCCUGCACGCCCCUACACCCAGGAGACCACGUGGAGGAUUGACACGGUUGGCACAGACAUCCGCCAAGUGUUUGAGUACAGCCUUGUCAGCCAGUUUGAGCAGGGCUACCCCUCAAAGGUUCAUGUGCUGCCCCGGGCUCUGGAAAGCACAGGAGCUGUGGUGUAUGCAGGGAGCCUCUAUUUCCAGGGGGCCAAGUCCAGAACCCUGCUCAGAUAUGAGCUGAACACUGAGGUGGUGAAGGCUGAGAAGGAACUCCCUGGAGCUGGCUACCAUGGACAGUUCCCAUAUGCUUGGGGUGGCUACACUGACAUUGACUUGGCCAUAGACGAGAGUGGCCUCUGGGUCAUCUACAGCACAGAGGAGGCCAAAGGCGCCAUAGUCCUUUCCAAACUGAACCCAGAAAAUCUGGAACUUGUGCAUACCUGGGAGACAAACAUCCGUAAGCAGUCUGUGGCCAAUGCGUUUGUCAUCUGUGGCACCUUGUACACCAUCAGUAGCUACUCCUCAGCCCAUGCAACUGUCAACUUUGCCUAUGACACAGGUACAGGGAUCAGCAAGACCCUGACCAUCCCAUUCAAGAACCGCUACAAGUACAGCAGCAUGAUUGACUACAACCCCCUAGAGAGGAAGCUCUUUGCCUGGGACAACUUCAACAUGGUCACCUAUGACAUCAAGCUCUCCCAGAUAUGAGAAACCCCUAUCCCUAUCAGCAAAAGCAGGAGGAGGUGAAGUUUAAGGCUCUGGUUGGAGCAGCUGAAGGGAACAGCCAGCCAUUUGUAUAUGGCUUCUCUCGACACCCCAAGCCUUCAUGAAUCCAGGACAAUGUGUACAGUCAUCUGACUAGAAGGGCUGGCAACCUAAGGGCUUCGUUUCAUAUAAUAGGUUUUCUUCUGUCAUUUUUAAGGGAUGUUCAUCUAAAACAGUUAACAUCAUAUGGCAAUCUGGGCAAAAGCUAUACAGCAUGGUAGUUUCUUCAUGGAGCCAUUGCUCUGGCAAGUUGUCUGGUUAUCAUAAGCCUUGGUAAGCAGUAGUUCUAACAAAAAGGAUCACUCUUGUGACCAGAAGGUGCAUUUACCACAGCUUGUUUCUAAGCUUCAGAUACAAUUUAUUUGGGUGUUAUGUAUCCCUUUGCCUUGUGAAAUAAAGUUAUCUUAUACAUUACCUUCCCUGAAA